GGACGGCCGGUGUGGCGUGCGCGCUUGACCUGGCUAGCAUCCCGUCGGUCAGAUUCUACCUCGCUCUUGACUGUUUCUUGCCUACGCGGCCUCGCUUCGAUCUCACUCUCUCGCAUUCCUCGUCGCAGCCCUUGUACCUACACUCGACCUCAACAUCUGCCACGUCGGACAAGCCGCCCACCGCCCAGCAUGGUUGGCCCAUGGACUUAUGAAGACACGGGGAAGUACUAUCGCGAGGCCGUCAAGCGUCGGCCCAGUUUUAGCGGUAGACGGGAUAUGUUACAGUUCACCGACCGGCUGCCGUCCACGGACGACUGGACAUUACCGGUGCUCUUACAGUUGAACCGCACGUUGCGCGUGCUGUAUAAUGGGCCGUUCAACUGGGACGCUUUCAAGAAGAUCGUCAUGCAACAUAUCCUCACGGACGAUGUUCUUGAUGCGCUCAAAGCGCUGCCCGAGGACGAGCAGAUUCCGCACCUCGUGCAGCUAGUCCUUGACUGGGCAUGCUGGGACGCACCAAAGGAGGGCGCCUGGCCGCGGGAUCUCAGCAUGCGGCGUUACUUUGUCAAAUGGCGCAGGUGCGAGCCGUUCUACUUUGAGGCGGACACGCACACCGACGAGGACAUGGAGCGGGCGGCGGACCUUUUCCUCGACAUUUGGAUGGGUCAGUCCCCGGGUUGUAUACUACGGCAACCCCAGGUACAAUUCGGCGAGGAGAAGGACUUCCCCGGCUUCACCGUGUACCGAGUGAGGGAUGAGGCUGUCACUGACGCGGAGCGGCUUGCAGCAGCGCAAUCGAAGGAGCUGUACCUGAACCUGCAAGCGCGAGGUUGGGCGCCUGAAAGGAUGGAUGAACCGCUCCAAGUUGGAGCGUCGGUUGCGCGGCCUGCAAAACUGCCUCCGCCCGCGGGCGACAUUGUGAUUUGCGGUCCCGGCAUGUGCGCGCAAUGCAUCAAAAAGCGUUACCUUGAGUGCCGUGUCCCGCAAGAUGGCGGAAAGCCUAGGUGCGUGGCAUGCCGCGUACACAAGCUUGGAUGCGAGCAUAAGGGCAAAACUAUGGAUGCGCUCAAGAAACAGUCGCUAGAAGAUGACUCGGACUCUCGUGAGGCGACACCGGACCCUAGUCAGCGUUCCCAAAGGUCAGGCUCGGAAAGCGUGGUCUCUGAGUCUAACAAGUCCGCGGCGUUGACGAACGCGUCUGCUGAUUCCGUGCCCGGUCCUUCCGGUGGUCGCAAGCGCAAAUCCCAAGGGUCGCGAGACAAGCAGAAGAAGGCGAAGCGUGCUCGGAAGUAGACAACUGUAGUACAGAGUAUUGUCUUGAACAUGUAGCAUAGAGUAUCCGUCUAUCUUGGGCAGUGGCUGAUGCGUUUGGUAUACCACAAUCGAAGGGACUUCUCCGCACCGCGCAUAACGCAAUGCAGUGUCGCGUCAGCGUACCACGGCGGCCAUAUGUGUAUGUUGCAC